UAUUGGCGCCCCAAAAAUUCCGAAUGUGACAUGGGAUGAUGUUGGAGGCCUUGCAUCUGUAAAAAAUAUUAUAUUAGAUACUAUACAAUUACCACUUGAACAUCCAGAAUUGUUCGCUAGUGGCAUGAAGAAAAGAUCAGGAAUCUUGCUCUAUGGACCACCAGGAACAGGAAAAACACUUCUCGCCAAGGCUGUUGCCACCUCAUGCUCUCUUAAUUUCUUUUCUGUAAAAGGUCCCGAGCUUCUCAACAUGUACAUCGGAGAAUCAGAAGCUAAUGUUAGACGCGUUUUCCAACGCGCAAGAGACGCUAAACCAUGCGUAAUAUUUUUUGACGAACUGGAUUCAGUUGCUCCGAAAAGGGGAGAGAAGGGAGACUCUGGUGGUGUAAUGGAUAGAAUUGUUAGUCAACUUUUGGCUGAAUUGGAUGGAAUGGGGCAAGGUGGUGGGGCAGCAGACGUAUUUGUUAUUGGUGCAACAAACCGGCCGGAUUUGUUAGAUCCAGCACUACUAAGACCUGGACGUUUUGACAAAUUACUUUACCUAGGAGUAAGUGAAGACCAUGAUGCACAACUUAAAAUCAUUCAGGCACUUACAAGAAAAUUCCGUUUACAUCCAUCAUUGGACCUUCGUGCUGUAGCAGAAAAAUGUCCAUUUAACUAUACUGGAGCAGAUUUCUAUGCCUUAUGUUCUGAUGCUAUGUUGAAAGCCAUGUCAAGAACGGCUGAGGCAGUAGAAGCCAAAGUUUCUCAAUUGAAUUCCAAUCCAACACCCAACCUCCCUAAACCCGUAACAUCGCAGUAUUAUCUAAAUCAUCUCGCAACAUCUGAUGAUAUUCUUGUAGAAGUCACACAAGAGGAUUUUGAGAAAGCUUUGCGGGAACUUAUACCCUCUGUUUCUGAGAAAGAAUUAGAACAUUACCGUAUG